CUGGCCGCGUCCCGCCCGGAAGCGCGCCCGGUAGCCAUGAGCAAGAGGAAUCAGGUCUCCUACGUGCGGCCAGCCGAGCCCGCCUUCCUCAGCCGCUUCAAGCGGCGGGUCGGGUAUCGGGAGGGCCCCACGGUGGACACCAAGAGAGAGCAGCUUCCACUCGUGGAUGAUGACAGUGACAAUGGCAGUGACAAGGAAGAUGAGCAGCCUCAGGUGGUGACACUGAAGAAAGGGGACUUGACUGCAGAAGAAGCAAUGAAAAUUAAACAGCAAAUCAAAGAGGCCUUAAAGUCAAAAGAAUCAGUUAAUAUGAAGUCUUCGUGUCCUUUUAUGGCUUAUGGGAAUAAACAGGAUGAUGAACCAGAACCUGCUGAUGGAAAAAUUGUGUUCAGGAAACCAGCCAAACGUUCAUCAGAGAAAUGUUUGGACUUCAAUCCUCCUGUACCUGCUGCCUGUGUCCCUACACACCAGCUUCCUGCAGCAUAACAUGAGAUGCAAGUCUGCACGCUGUUUCCAGCUGUUUAUUAAGUAGCAGGCAGUGCUAUUUGGCAUCUAACAUGUUCCAGGUGGGUCACUCUCAUUUCACAUGCCGUGACACAUUCGGCCUCUUGCUGUGUUCUCCCUCCCUCCCUCCCUCCAAAGCUCAUUCCUGUGUUCCAGUUUAUCGUGAUGCUGAUGCUCAGCUUCAUUAUGUGGCUGUGUUUAAAUAAACUAAUGCCACUCCUAAUGUCCUUGGUAUCCUUUUUUCCAUCCUUAGACACUGGAAUCCCUCCUGCUGCUUUCUGCUCACAUGUUCUUUUAUUCCUGUUGAUAAAUUUAAUUUUCAUCUCUUUUACUGCUUUCCCUUCAAGAUGUGCUUGCAUUACAAACUGCAGUUCAGCAGUUUAGCAGUUGGAUUGCAUCCAACUAUUACCAAAUGCCACAUCUUUUAAUAUCAGGCAGAGCAGCUUGAAUUUUCUUCCUUGGAGUGCUGUAAAAGACACACUGACAUGUUUUCUGUGCAAAUGCCAAAAAAAAAAAGCCUAACAAAAGAUGGAGGGGUGUGAAACAAGCUGAAAAGUCUCCAUUCCCAGAAUUUUCUGUUUUCCUUGAUUUCUGGAUUUAGUUCGUGACCCAGCUGCUGAACUGUGAAACUCUGUGGAACCAUGCCAGUUUCUAGCAGUCAAGAAUUUGUUGCUGUCAUUUUUGUGACUGGUAGUACCUUUGUGUUCAGCUAAAUAACCAUAUGUGUUUUUAUCCCCAAAGGUCAUGCCUGGCCAUUGAUGAUCACAGUAUUGCCAAGCCCUUGGAUUCUUAAAAAAUCAUUGUCAAACCAAGAAGUAGUAUUUAUACAUGUCCGUGUGUGUAUACAUAUAGAUAUAUAUGUAUGUAUCUACUAUAUAUUUGAGUUUGAAUUUGGCCUUUCAGCAUUCAUGACUUUUGAGUUUUUCUGUACAACUACAUGAAGAAUAAAAACUGAAGUAAAAAUAAAAACAAAACCAGAAUAAAGCUGGGUUUUUGCACACUCACAUAAUACUUCCAGAAGCUUAUACCAUGAAAUCUUCUAGUGCUCUAAGUGGAUAUUUGGUCAUUAAAUUGUUUUACUGCAUCCUUUAGAGAGAAAGAUGCUAUCAGUUGUUUUUCAUAAUGGUGAAAUGCUUGUCAGGAUGCUUUAAGAUACCCAUUACUCUAUGUAUUUUUGCUAUUUCCUUAUUAAAAGUGUUCAUAUGCACUGUAGCUGUGGGUACUGCAUGUGGUUUGCCCUAUAGGACUUGCGAUUGCCCUGGGAUCCUGGGCUUGGGAUCAGAGCCCAGAGUAACUUUUGCCAUGUUUGUUCAUCUCUUUUGCUCAAGACUUGUCCUUCACAUGUUUUGGAGGUAGAAGGACAAACAACACAGAUACCCUGGUGCAUCCAGGUCACAUGGCUAUGUUCCUUAUCCAUGUUGUGCGUUCUGUGUGUGUGUUCCCCAGCUUCUGCUGGUUGUAUAUGGUGGGGGGGAUACAGUGUACCUCCAGGUCACUGCUCCAGAACUCAUGUGCCCCCAGAAUUUCAACUUGAAAUGUACUGGCUCAGUAAAGACUUUUGUCUAAGGGCAGAUUUUCCCCAUGUCACUUGCUUCCACUUUGUGCUCUGCAUUGUUCAACACACUCCUCUUCCCUGUGAGUACUGUCUGUGGCAAGGGAUCCUUUGACCCUGAAAUGCAGUUUCAUUCACUCUGCCCACUAGAUAAUACUGAAAUUGAAAGGAAGGUAAAUCUUGUUAUUUAGACACAGCAACUGUGAUAGUUUCCUGCUCCUAUCAAAUGUUUCCUGUGCAACAGUGCUUCUUAAUGUCUUAUUUUUCCAUAUUGGCACCUUUUGGUGGCAAUGUAUUUGAAAUGUGAGUUCCCCAAUGUAUUUUUUCAUUUACCUCUUGGGCUGUUUGCU